GUUUGGGGUGGUGGUGCGCGCGCUGCAUGCAGUCGUUCAGUGCCAGCCUGGUCGCGUUCGGUUGUGGGUGCCGAAGACCAGCUGCUGGCAGGUGCAUUGUGUGGUCGGCGUCGUGUAUGCCCUACCAUGAGCGCUUCCGCUAAAACUGUGCGCAUAACGGCGUCCUAUUUUCCGCGCGAAUCAUAUCCUGUUACUUCCGUGGUAAGCAAGACAGAGGCAAUGGUGAAGAAUAACUCAUUAGACUCUGGUGUCGAUGGACUUCGUGACUCUCCCAAUUCAGGGCUAAGGGAUUCUCCGAACUAUAUUCAUGAUUCGCAAAACCAAAACUACCUGCGCGAGCGCGAGCAAGUCAACCUGCAGCACGCGCCUUUGAAGUCAGCAACGAACGGCAUGGUGAGGCUGCAUCAUAUGCGAAGUGAUUCCAUCCAUACUGAAAACAUCGAGCUGCCUGAGUAUAUCGUCGACCCACAAACUCGCACCACCUAUCUGAAGGGGAAGUUCCUGGGAAAGGGCGGCUUCGCGCGGGUCCAUGAGCUCACUGAUCUCACCAACAACAAGGUCUACGCUGGCAAAAUCAUCCCCAAGAGCCGGAUCACAAAGCCGCACAACAAAGAGAAGAUCGCGCGCGAGAUUGACCUGCACCGGCACCUCCGACACCGCAACGUGGUCCGCUUCGAGCACUGCUUCGAGGACGCCGAGAACGUCUACAUCAUCCUUGAGUACUGCCCCCGUAAGUCGCUGGUGCACGUGCUGAAGCACCGUCAGACGCUGACGGAGCCCGAGGUGCGCUACUACAUGCGUCAGCUGGCCGACGGCGCCGAGUACAUCCACUCGCAGAGCAUCGUGCACCGCGACCUCAAGCUGGGCAACAUGUUUCUCUCGGACGACAUGGUGGUCAAGGUCGGCGACUUCGGCCUGGCCACCCGCAUCGCCGACGAGAAAAAACCGACCAUAUGCGGCACGCCCAACUACAUCGCUCCGGAAGUGCUGCAGAAGCUCGGCCACGGAUACGAGGCCGACACCUGGGCCAUGGGCUGCAUCAUGUACGCCAUGCUGGUGGGCCAGCCGCCGUUCGAGACAGAGACUCUCAACGAGACGUACAAGCGCAUCACCAACAACCAGUACACGCUGCCGCCGCACCUGUCGGCGGCCGCAUCGGACCUGAUCGCGCGCCUGCUGCACCCGAGCCCUCGCAUGCGCCCCACCACCGCCCAGAUGCUGCAGCACCAGUUCUUCCACAGCGGGCCGCCGAUGCAGACGCUGCCGUCCUCCUGUUGCACACACGCGCCCAAGCUGGCGUCGGCGGCGCCGCCGCGGCCCGCCUCUCAGGUGAUGGAGCACAUCGGCGCCCAUGACGCCGGCGAGCCGCUGCCUGCUAUCCGCCUGCCAUCUAGCCGCAGCGAGGCGAAGCUCAUGUCGCCUAAGUCGCCGGCGCGCGGCGCUGGCGGCGGCUCGACGGGCCGCCUCGUCCGCUCGCAGAGCGUCAAAGACAACAGCAAGCUGAUGGACAAGGUGAAGGAGAAGGAGACGUCGCUGCACGGCUCCAUCCGGCAAAAGAUCUCAAGCGUGUUCCGUCCGUCCUCCGACAAGAGGAAGGUCAAAGAGUGGACAUCGGCCACGCUGUACAAAGCGCUCUCCGAGUGCCUUCUGGCCGUCCCAGAGGACUCCGACACCAACCCGGAGCCGGUGGUGCACUCGCCACUGUUCAUCACCAAGUGGAUCGACUACAGCAAUAAGUACGGCUUUGGCUUCCAGCUGAGUGACAGGAGCGUCGGCGUGCUCUUCAACGACUCCACCAAAGUUUUAUACCUGCAGGACAAGAGCCGGGUGGACUUUGUGGGCCGGCACGGCCGCUCGUGCUCGUACGAGCCGUCCCAGGUGCCGGGCCUGCUGCGCGAGCGGUUCACGCUGCUGCGCUACUUCAGUCAGUACAUGGACGAAAACCUGACGGAGGGCGGAGAGACGCGCGUGGCGGCGGCGGCCGCCGCCGGCCCGCCGUCGGUCGUGCCUGAGGUGCACAUGCGCCGCUGGGUGCGCACGCACCGCGCCAUCAUCAUGCAGCUGUCCAACGGCACGCUGCAGAUCAACUUCUUCAAAGACCACACGAAGGUAAUCCUGUCUGCGAGCGGCAGCUCUGAGCUCACCGUCACCUACAUCAACUCGGAGCGUCGCGCCGCCUCUUACCCACUGUCGGAGCUGGGCGCCGUCGGCUGCUGCCGCGCCCUCCGCGACCGGCUCGACUACGCCAUGGUCGUGCUGCGCGACUUCUCCGACCUGGACGCCAAGGAGAAGUAGGGCCGCGGGGCCGGGGACGGCUCGCGCGGUGCUGGCAGAGGUGUUGGGCGGAAGGCCGCCAGUCCGGCGGGCUGGGGGCGACGUCGGCGCCGGAGCCACACGACCGAAACAAAGGAUCUCGACCGGGACGGCGCGCGCCGCCACUGCCGCCGCCGCGAAGGGUGGCGCGCGGUAGGCGAUAGCUCAAAGACAGGACGCUGGUGUGAGCGUGUGUACGGUCUCGGAAUGUGCGUGCGUGUGCGUGGUCAGUGGAUCGGACGCGAGCGGCGCUUCGUGGUCGAGCGCCAGCGCGGUGCGCUGCCGCUGUCCCCAGCGACCAGCGCUCCGCGAGCACAGUGGGGCCACGCCCGACCUCUUUCAGCCCACCCCAGGCGAUUGUUCAUAAAAGCUCACGUGGCCGUGAUCCAGUUGUUGUUCUUCAGCGGAGUGAUAUUUAGUUCGAAUUUAUGCAGGUCUUUGUUACAUUUCCCAAGCAAUGAAGCGCGUGCCGUUCGUUUUGUUGCGACUCAGUGCUGUUCCUUUACUGAUAUCACCGUAGCCAUUUCCUAGCCAAGACCAGGCAGCCCCGAAGAUCUCGCUGUGACCGUUUGCCUCGGCACUGCCAGAGGAGGCGGGCUUGCUAUGCCGGCGGAGUCUCUCCGCGCCGCCAGCAGUGCCGACGAGCGACCUCUGCCCUCCGCCUUCCCUCGACUCCGACCAACUACUGCUGGACUCUGCUCCUCUCCCAUCGGCCAUAAAGACACGCCACCGCCGGCCUCCUCGCGGCGGCACCGUCGGACGCGCACAGUUAUGCGCAUGCGCGGGCAUUAACGAAUCAAAUUGGUCGACGCGUCGCGGACCCAGAAUCGACGCCAACUGCCAAAGGUCGCCGUGUCGCCAGCCGCGGCGAUCCUGUUCGUCUUUCAUAGCCACGUGCGUGUCCGUUGUUACAUAGUCGCAGCCGUGCGUUGCGUGUUUAUCCACUGUAUAAUCGAUAAUAAAGUGAACCACUGAG